AUGAAUUUUUUCAAGUUAGAAUUUAUUGCUGUAUAUGUUGUCGUGGCAAACCUCUUGAGUUCCGUCAAAUGCUGGGACUCGGAGGAAUUAGAAUUAUUCGAUUUAGUUGAAGAAGUGAAUACAAAUUUUUAUACGCUUUUGGGCGUUGUUCAAAAUUCCGAUUCUAAAACCAUACGGCACGCAUUUAGAAAUCUCUCACUAAAACUUCAUCCUGACAAAAAUGAUGCACCCGAUGCCGAUAUUAAAUUCAGACAACUUGUUGCUGUACACGAAGUUUUGAGGGAUCCUGUUAAAAGGAAAAGAUAUGAUGAAGUAUUGGAAAACGGUUUGCCAGAUUGGAGGCAUCCCGUUUAUUACUACAGGAGAGUCCGAAAAAUGGGAUUGGCAGAAAUGCUGAUAAUAGUCUUUACUAUUGUUACAAUCGGACAAUACAUAGUGUCGUGGGCAGCUUAUUUAGAAAAAAAAUACAUCGUUGAAGAAUUUGUGAGUGCUGAAAAAAAAAGACUGCAAAAAAAACAAAAAAAAGGAAAAUUAGAAGGAAAUUUACCUGAUAUGACAAUAGCAAUUCCCAAACCUAGCUUAUUAAAUACUUUGCCUUUUCAAAUACCCAAAUUACUGUGGGUGUUUUUCACCUGCAUACCACUCAGCAUUAAAUUAUUAACAUCAUAUUUUAUUCAAAAUAAAAAAAUUGAAGUUUAUGAAGAACAAGAAGAAAGUGAUGAAUCUGAACCAGAAGUAUUAAGCAAAGGUCCCAGAAGAAGAAGAAAUUUUAUGAUUCCCCAAGUAAACAAUGAAUCCAAAUUAAAUGGAGAUUGCCUGAAUGAAAUGUCUGGAAAAUCGGAUGAAAUUAAACAAGAGACUCAAAGUUAUCCUAUUAAGGGUGGUUUAUGGACUGACGAUGAUUUAUCUGAUUUGAUUAAAUAUGUUAAUAAAUAUCCUCCUGGAAUGAAUAAAAGAUGGGAAAAAAUUGCAGAAGUCAUGAAUAGAAGCGUUGGAGAGGUGACUUUUAUGGCUAAAAAAGUAAAAGAAAAUAUGAUAACCAAAAAUGAUGCAGUCGAAGAAAUAAAUGACGAGUCGAAAAAAAUUAAAACAAAGGGAGGAAAAUUUGCCGGUUUGGAAGAUGUUAAAAAGAAAGAAUGGGAUCAAGUCCAACAAAAAGCAUUAGAAGAAGCUUUAUUAAAAUUUCCUAAACAGUGUAGCGAAAGAUGGGAAAAAAUAGCAAAAUUUGUGCCUGGAAAAACCAAAGAAGAAUGUAUUUUGAGAUAUAAACAACUCCAUGAAAUAAUCAGAAAGAAAAAAGAAACAGAGGUUCAACAAAAUUUUACCUAG